AUGCAGAUAAGUUGCAGUGUGAAGGAGAAGGCCCUCUGUGAGGAGGCCCACUGUGAGGAGGCCCUCUGUGAGGAGGCCCUCUGUGAGGAGGCCCUCUGUGAGGAUGACCAUUGUGAGGAGGCCCUCUGUGAGGAGGUUCUCUGUGAGGAGGCCCUCUGUGAGGAUGCCCACUGUGAGGAGACCCUCUGUGAGGAGGUCCUCUGUGAGGAUGACCAUUGUGAGGAGGCCCUCUGUGAGGAUGACCAUUGUGAGGAGGCCAUCUGUAAGGAGGCCCUCUGUGAGGAGGCCCUCUGUGAGGAUGACCAUUGUGAGGAGGCCCUCUGUGAGGAGGCCCUCUGUGAGAAGACCCACUGUGAGGAGGCCCUCUGUGAGGAUGACCACUGUGAGGAGGCCCUCUGUGAGGAGGCCCACUGUGAGGAGGUCCUCUGUGAGGAGGCCCACUGUGAGGAGGCCCUCUGUGAGGAGGCCCUCUGUGAGGAGGCCCUCUGUGAGGAGGCCCACUGUGAGGAGGCCCACUGUGAGGAGGCCCACUGUGAGGAGGCCCUCUGUGAGGAGGCCCACUGUGAGGAGGCCCUCUGUGAGGAGGCCCACUGUGAGGAGGCCCUCUGUGAGGAGGCCCACUGUGAGGAGGCCCUCUGUGAGGAGGCCCUCUGUGAGGAGGCCCACUGUGAGGAGGCCCACUGUGAGGAGGCCCUCUGUGAGGAGGCCUUCUGUGAGGAGCCUCUUAGCUUCUUCUUGUCCUCACUAUAG